AUGGGCACACACACCGAUGAUCCCGACAUUGACGAUGUCGACACGGAAAUGAUCGACGACGAUGGCAAUACGAAGUUGCUAAUAGAAGCAGAGGAAGGAAACGUGGAAGCUGUUAAGAUUCAUCUCUCACAUUCAUCCGUAUGCUUUACAGACGAAGGAGAGAAUACUGCAUUGCACUGGAGCGCGAGGAAGGGACACACGAAUCUGGUGAAGCUUCUCAUUCCUUUUUAUACAUCAGUGGACGUGAUCAAUGUGAAUCGAAUGACGCCCAUGCAUGUGUGCGCCUCAAAUGGACACCUGGACAUUGUAAAGUUAUUAUUACUCCGCUCUAGAUUGAGUUCCCGUGACAAGGGUGGAAGGACACCUCUUGACUUGGCCUGUGAAAGUGGUGCCGUUGAUAUCGUGAACUUCCUUCUUCCCCACUCAUUCCCUAAUAUGGGCGACGGGUUCGGUUACACAUGCUGCGCUUUUUCCGCAAAAAGAAGCAAAAUGAAUGUUCUGAGAUGCCUUAUCCCACACUCUCUUAUGAACUGUCCUGACUGCAUAGGCCAAUCGCUAACGCAAACCUGUGCAAAUUAUUAUAUGAGAGAAGAACUGGUGACAUUAUUGCCAUAUUCUUGUGACGAUGACGGUGCGAAUUUAUUGCCGCCUCACCAACUGUCGUUUUGGGAGGACGAUAUCAGUAUAAUAAGAACGCCUUGUCUGAAACAUAUGGUUCUCCACUCAAGUGUCACGGCAGUAGAUGCGUGUUUCCGUGAAACACCCAACUACAUUGGAAUGUGUAAUGUAUUUAUUGAUCCAAUCCUGCGUCGAAAAAAGACUGAGAGAUCACUAUUCCUGAAUUAUAUUUCUCUCUUGCUUCCGCACGCAAGUAUUUCUGCUUAUGAGGAUAAAGGCAAGAAACUAUUAAAAGCUUCACCACGGGCUUGCAACAUUGGACCAAUAUUGGCAGUUUCAUUGGCGUAUUACCAGACCUGUGUUGCACAGCCUAUAUACUGGAGCAACGUAACUUAUAUUGGCUGCCAAUCUUGGACCGAUAUGUGACCAAUGAUGGUGUGCUGUUUGUAGAGCUAUGUUUCAGUUACCCAAUUAAAUGUUCGUAGGCAUCUUGUGCUUGCACCACAUCACGUAAAACUGCUUUCAUACCGUGCAUUCGUGCUGCCCAAACUCGAAUACUCAUCGGCCAUAUAAGAUCCCCAUCAAGAGUACUUCAUUCAAGCAUUAUCUAGAGUCAGUUCAAAAUGUGCUUCGUUACAUCUAAUUAUUCCAGAGACGCGAGUGUUUCACGUAUAAAGAAAAAAGCUUGACGUCGAUCUUCUCUCGUCAAGACGGUUGAUAGCCAGGCUGUGUCUCUUCCAUAAAAUGUAUCACAACACAAACACUCGCGAUCGUCUCCUAGUCCCUGCUAACGACAUUUCAUCUCGUCUGAACGACAUCCAUAUGAUUAAGCUUCUCCAUUGUAAUAUCACUUCCUUUCUAAAAGAAUUAUUUGGUAAAACAACUAGUGACUGGAAUCGUGAGCCUGAACAUGUUGGUCGUACACACGACACUGCUGGUUUUAAGGUCACUCUCCUCCAAUUGAGGGCUUCAGAUUCAUCAUGCUCUUCCCAUGGUGCAUCUGGUCUUCUUUCCUUGUCAGCUCGAUAUUUCUUAUUUAUUUACUUUUUGUAGUACUUUUGUUGUGUGUUUCUAUUGUACUUUUUCCUAUGUGUUACUCACCACUCCGUUAUGUAAUACGCUCUUGAGGUCUCUAAAGUACUUAAAUAAAUAAAUAAAUAAAGCCA